GGUCUGUUUUCCUACUUGAUGUACUAGUUGCAGUCAUCGGCCUCUACUCAAACGUUCUUCAAGCGUGCUCGGAGAUCGUGCAGAUGGCGACGGCGAGAUCGCACUUCCUCUGUACUCUACUCCUCUUCGCAGCCCUAUCUCUCACUCAGGCAAAGAAGUCUGAGGAUUUGAAAGAGGUGACUCACAAAGUUUAUUUUGAUGUGGAGAUAGCUGGGAAACCAGCAGGUCGAAUUGUCAUGGGCCUAUUUGGAAAAACAGUUCCCAAGACUGCUGAAAACUUCAGAGCACUGUGUACUGGUGAGAAAGGCAUUGGAAAGAGUGGGAAACCUCUUCACUACAAGGGAAGCAGUUUCCACCGGAUCAUUCCAAGCUUCAUGUUACAGGGAGGUGACUUUACUCUUGGUGAUGGCAGAGGUGGCGAGUCCAUAUAUGGAGAGAAGUUUGCUGAUGAGAAUUUUAAGUUGAAGCACACUGGACCAGGGCUUUUGUCUAUGGCGAACGCUGGUCCUGGCACCAAUGGUUCACAGUUUUUUAUCACAACUGUGACAACUAGUUGGCUUGAUGGGAAACACGUGGUGUUCGGGAAAGUGUUGUCUGGAAUGGAUGUGGUUUACAAGAUUGAAGCUGAGGGAAGGCAGAGCGGCACCCCAAAAAGCAAAGUCGUGAUUGCAGACAGUGGUGAACUCCCACUGUGAUCGAACUGAUGCCAACAUGUUUACCAUAAGUAGCUCUUAGACAGCAGUUAAGAGAGAUACGAAAACAGUGAAGGUCAUGUGAAACCGAUAUGUGGAUUUGGAAGUAAAGCUGUACUUUUCUGUUUGGGUAUUUGGGUUGUUCUAAUGUGUUUGGAGUCGGGCUUUUCUACAUGAUUUAAUUUCGCGCUUGUAUCAAGUAAUGUUGCCAUUCGACUUGCGACAACAAAAAGGGCCGGUUGUUUUGGGCCUUCAA